AAAAUACAUUCCAACCAAUCAUGGUCAGCUGAUCAUAGCGUCUCUGCUGGUCUUCGAUACAAUCGUUGUUUAUACCAGUAUGGACAUGGCGGACUUCAUUGGAUUACCCGGAUGUAGCCACCAAGUGGUAUAUGCCAUCGACCCCUUCCAGUCCACUACUACACUAAACGCCGUCGAGUGCGCAAUGAUAUGCGCACGUACAUUCGGGUGCUUCUCUGUCAACGCGUGCAAGAGGGAUGACGGUGCAGUGACGUGCGACAUUCUUGGCGACGUGUCCAGCUCAGGAUGUAGUGGGAUGACAUCAAAGAACGGAUGUAGACAUUUACAACGCAAAGAUGCUUUGAGAGCCUUGAAUCCAUGUAAAAAUGGCGGUACUUGGACUGGAACUAUCUGCAUCUGUAUUCCUGGAUAUGCAGGACAGUACUGUGGCAGAUAUAUUUACAGCUGCAAAGAGGGUACAGAGCUAGGCGUGACGGGCACUGGGUUCUAUAAAGUGCAACCGGCAACCUCUCCUGUCGCCUUCACCGUGUACUGUAACUGUAACGCGGGGACGGUGUGGGUGUUCAGGAGGUACAACCCUGUCCCAUCCUGGUGCCCCGGCAUCAGCUACAACAGGACGUGGGAGGAGUACAAACACGGCUUCGGCGACGUCAACUGCGAGUACUUCCUCGGACUGGAGACCAUCUACCAACUCAACUUCUACAACCAAUACCAGUGGAACAUCUACAACGUUGUAGAAGGGACUCCUAGUGUUGCCAGUGUGUACAUGGAAAGUACAACGUUGACAACGGAGGCAACUGACUAUCAGAUUAAUCUCCUCAGCGUCUUUUCCAGAGACCAUGAGUGGGGGGAUGAUGCCUUUGAUGACAGUGACAAGCCGCGGAGAUUCUGUACCUGGGACAAGGACUGCUGGGGGUGUGCCAAGACGGUGGGAGGGGGGUGGUGGUUCAAGUCCGACUGUACAGGAGGAGCUUUAACUGCUCCUCUGGAUCAGCUGAAGUGGCCUGUUCGUGGCGUGGACAAGGUCAUAGGCCAGGCAUUUCUGCAGCUGGAUCAAAUGGACUUGGCUCCAUAAUACAACCUGACAACAUUGAAUACACACAGCCUUUCAGAAAGUGGUCAUAUGUAAUGAGUUAUAUUUGGAAUUACACUUUCUCAGUAAAGAUUC